CUCCACCAGAGCACCAGCCAUCCGAAGUCCAAGCCGGUCGUUGACUCCUCCGCGUGCGCGUUAUUACUCUAGUCGAAAACACACGUCGUCGUAGUCGCCGCAAAGUUUCUGCGAAAAAAUUUUUUUAAAUAAAAUUCAAAACACCCGUACCAUUGUUGGACGCGCGCGUGUGCACCGCGACGACGAUCCGCCGCGGGGCCGCAAAACGGAAAACACGCGCGCGCGCGAGAGAGAGAGAGAGACCAUAAUACACGACAACCACGCGUAGCGCAGUAGCAGUUGGUCGUCCACCGCACGCGUAUACACGGGACAUGACCGCUAUAGCAGCUGUCGUCCAGCCUGUUCCGUAACAUCAAUCGUCACAACCGCCGCCGAUACAGCAGCUAUAUAGCAGCAAUCGUCACCCGCCGGACGUCCGCGAUCGCCGUCAGCAUGAACGUCGCCGGAAAAGGAGUUCCUCGUCACCAUCACCACCAAUCGCCGUCGUUCAAGUUAUUGCGUUUAAUUUACGUACUAUCCUUGUGCAAGUAUACGUGGGGUGAACUUUGUGGCGGAAAUGGUGAAUCUCUGAAAUACUUGCGGGGUGACGCGCUCACCGAUAAUUUGGAUUGCAUCGGUCCCAAUGGUAAACCUUAUCCUGAGUCGAUAGUAGCUGGCACGUAUAGACGCACCCACAACUGGGGAUCAAGAACAGGACGUGACGCUUUUCACACAGACUCGAAACCCAGUCCUGAAAUGGUACGAGAAACACUUCUAAAAACCUAUAAAAUUAAUAAUCAUAACGAAGAUUACACGAUAAGUAGAACUGCCCGAGAUUAUGGAUCAACACCGGCUACCAAUCGUGAACUUUGUCAAACACCGAACAGGCUGUGCCGCACCAGAUACAAUACGACUGCACCCAUGUACGGUGUGUCGUUGACAUCUGGCCAACCUGUGACAAUCGUUCAAAAAUUCCCGGAUCUGUUACAACAAGUCGUUUAUGAAGUUUGCGAAUCAAACGAGUGUGACAUGGUCAGAGGAGAGUGUACCCAAACAUACGUACCAUACUUGUUCCUGGUAAUACCUUUGGGGCCGGUGACGCUGACCGGCCAGGAUUACGUGCUCGUGGAAAGUGGAUGUGUAUGCAAGCCAAAGGGUUCCAGGUCCACAGCACACGAAUUGGUAUCUACAAUUCCGGCGAUGCCUCGUCCUUAGAGCGCAUUAAAUGUAUGCAUACAUAGGAAAUCAGCCGUUUAAACGUCAUCGUAUAUACCUACACAGAAAAUACACCUCGCCGUUUAAAAUAUAUAUUUUAUAUCAUGUCAUAUUAUUGUCGUAUAUAGUCCAUAUUAUAUACAAUGAUAAAAUAUUAAGAUACCGUAUAGUAUUAUGUUACAGCGUGUAUACAGGUAUACAAGGUAUAUAUAUAUAUAUACAAGGUAUCUACUAUUCGAUAAAGUCAUGAAAAUAUAUAAUCGUUCAAAAAACGAAUAUCUAGUUAACUCCAUGACGUAAGACACCCCUACUUAUAAUAUUAUGUAUUUCGUAUCUAUCCGUUAUUGUUUAAGUACCCUGUACCCAUAUACGCGUGAAUUUAAGUACAGUAGCGUCACACAUUUUUUUCUUUAGAGUUAUUAUUGAAGUUAUAUCUACCCACAUCCAAAAACUUAAGACCAUGAAGUAGAAAGUAUGCUCACGCAUCUAAAAACUAUACAUGUACCUUCCUAAGUGGCAAUUUUUAACUUACCCUUGGGGAAUAAAAAUUCUCAUGACGUAACUGCAGUAUAUAAUAUAUUAAUGCACAUAUAUACUUACGUAUGGUAUAUUUUAAUAUUAUAUUGAUGAUAUAAAUUACACGAUUAAUGAUUAUUAUUGAUGUAAUAUAAUGCUCAACUUAUGCAUUGACGCCAAAUAUUUUUAAUUUAUUAUGCGUUUACAAUGGAUUUUAUAAUACUAUGUUGUUCGUUUUUUAGAUACUGUAUCAACUAACAGUGAUUAUUUUACAUUAACACUGCUGGUAUGCUGCACGGUUUUUUUUUAAAUCUAUGUGAUACUAUAAUCAAUUCAUUUGAUAUGUAAAAUAAUAAAUUAGGUUAGUUAAUAAUCUUAAAUUUAAAUCAAUGUUUUUUUACCAAAGUAUAACAUGUAUUAUAGAGAAAAUAUAUUAUUAACAUUUUAAGUUUCAACUGUUCAAGUAAUCAGAUUCAAUUACCUACAAACAAUAUGAUAGACAUUAUUUUUUUUAAGAAUUGUAAAACUCUAGUGGUAAAAUACUUAAUGAAAAUACAAAAAUAAGUAGUAUAUUAUAUAGGCAUUAAAUAAUAUAAAUAUAAGGAAAGCGGUAGGCGUAUACUUAAAGAGAUUGACAAUUAUACACAGUAUACCUAUAUAAAUGUAAAAUAUAUUAUAUUUUAUAAUGUAGGUACAUGCUCAAUAGUCUAAAGAAAAUGGACAUGGCCUACAAUAACAUCUUACAUGAUGUAUAUUUUAUUGCAUUUAUAUGAUUUGUAUGUACAUAAAAGUAGUUAAUUUUAUAGUAAAUUAAAUA